AAUAUAAUCCCAAAAAAAAAGGCCAUGAUAAAUUAAAUUGUUAAUUCAAUCAAAUAUUUUGUUUUUUUAUUUUUGGUACUCGAAAAUGUCAUUAAAUCCUAAAUUAUUUGUUCAUGGAAUGCCAGUUCCAUUUAUCGAUGAAUUGUUUGUCUUAGCUAGCGAUGGAAUUGAAUUUCAGAUCGAUAACAUUCCUAGUUUAGGUGAAGUACAAGCAAAAGGAACCAUUUACUUAUCGAAUAUCCGGAUGGUCUUUGUUGCAAAGAAUCCUACGAACAACUUCAAUGCUUUUGACAUUCCCUUGCUUUUUGUUCAUGGCGAAAAAUUAAAUCAACCAAUAUUCUUCUGCAAAAACAUUUCUGGAUACGUAAACCCGGUUAUACCAGCUAAUGAUAACGAAAACAGCAUAAUACCUCAUUCGUUUAAAAUUAUGUUCAAGGAAUGUGAUUGUGAGGCUUUCAUUCCAUUAGUUUUCGAGUUAAUUGGAAAAGUGAGACAGCGUUACAGACGGUCAAGGGCAAAGCAUCGUGUAGAUCGUCUUCAUGAAGCAACCAAAACACCAGUCGAUGAGAUGACAAGAUAUGCUUAUGUCGAUCCCAAUGAUUCGACAAGUAUCUUCUUGCAGCUGCAGCCUACUCCAGAGUCUCGACUCGUGAGUCGUAUGAAUUAGUCACAGCCUACUGCUGAAACAUCCAUAUAGCUCUUGCUUCAGCACAUUUCUGAGCUACAACCUCUGCAAUAACAUUGAUAAGUACCACAAUUAUAGCAAGAACAACUAGUUUGUAGCCUUGCACGCAUUCCUGCUCCGCUCAACAAAUUCGUUAGUUUCUCUAUUUCAUGCUCGUUUCUUGCUGGAAAUACUUGUACAUAUCCAUUACCCUUGCCAUUGCCAGCGCCAACGCCACUGUUGCCAUUUUGUUUGCCAGUCCCAUUGUCAUUGCCACUAUUGCCAUUGUUGUUGCCGCUAUUGCUACUGCCACUGCCACUAUUGCCAUUGUUUUUGCCGCUAUUGCUAUUGCCACGUCCACUAUUACUAUUGCCAUUGCCACUAUUGCCAUUGUUGUUGCCGCUAUUGCCACUGCCACUAUUGCCAUUGUUGUUGCCGCUAUUGCUAUUGCCACGUCCACUAUUACUAUUGUCAUUGUUGUUGCCGCUAUUGCCACUGCCACUAUUGCCAUUGUUGUUGCCGCUAUUGCUAUUGCCACGUCCACUAUUACUAUUGCCAUUGUUGUUACCUCUAUUGCCACUGCCACUAUCAAUAUUGUCAUUGUCGUUGUCGUAGCCCUUGCCAUUGGUUGCUGCAGUAGUAAUGUGAAGGUAACUAAGUCCCAAAAUCAUCAACAACAACAAAGUCAUAGAUGUCAGUACUACUUCUUUUGCCAUGGUUUAACUAAUUAUAAGUUGGCAAUUGUAUAAUAAAAGUGUGUGAUGAUGGAAAAAAUAAAAUGAAAUUAACCACUUCUGUUGA